CUGUUGGCCUGUGCAUCUGGCCUGCAGGUCAGAGCUCCCCCCCCCGCCCGCACACACACAUUCUUUUUGCUGGUGCCUUCCCUGAGGUCAUCAUCACCUGGGAGCUGCCUCUCAUCAGCCCAGGCUUGUCCCAACAGGGUACCAACUGAGGGAAUAGAAAAACUGUUUGUUUGAAUUAUACACACAAAAACAUUUUCUGCAGCGGGUUAUAAACCCUGUGAAGCAAUGAAGCUGAAAAAUAGGCCUGGAGUAAGUUUGCUCCCAUUCGCCUUCAGGGCUACUCCCACCCUGGACCUUGUUUGUUGAUUCAAGCUCAACCGGGUUUCAGCAAGAAAGUCUUAUCAGGAGAGAACUGAUUUUCUUUUUAUGACCUGCUCCAGCCCUCCAGCACAAGUCCAACUGGCAUGAGUAAGCACCCUUCUGGAUAUUGUCUUUUCCAGGACCCACGAGUGCCCCCUUAUGGCAAAGAAAAAAAGUAGUAUAGAGGUGAGGCAAAGGGCUCUGAGCUGGCUGGGAACCUGAAUUGAUGUUUGCCACAAUUUGCUGCCUUGACUCUGGGCACGCAGAAAACAGAGAAGGUUGGCCUAAGCUGAGGUCUCUUCCAGUCUGAAAAGUCUGAUCCUAAAGACCCCCCACUGCCUCCCUGUGCCCCAACCUGUCUGCACUUGGUCACCAUCCACAGCUUGUACACUGAAGGGAGAAUGCACAGCUGGGCACAUUUUAUCAUGUCCUGCCUCCUCCAUCUUAACUGAGUGGAAGAGGAGAGAGCUGGGGCUGGUGGGUGGGUGAAUACUUUUUUUUUUUUGAAGCACUACAUGCGCGGCAUGUGGGAUCUUGAAGUUCCCUGACUAGGACCAAGGACCAAACCCAUGCAUACCCUUCGCAAUGGAAGUACGGAGUCUUAACCUCCAGGGAGGUCCCUAGAUGAAUCCUUUCUGGUGCUAGUAGCCACAUGGCUUUGAAACAUGCAUCCCCUUUUAGGCCCACUCUUGAAAACAUUUCUUUUCAAGGAAAAAAGAUAUUAGUAAACAUUUAGGAUAGAGAACUUUGACCUCUUCUGCCUGCCCUCCCCCACUCCCUACCCUGGGCAAGAGUGGCAAUCAUUUCUGGGCAGAAUUCCUUCAACAAAUAUUGAGGAGCUACUGUGUGUCACGAACUGGGCAGAGAGGAGUAAGACCUGGUCACAAAACCAAGGACUUAAAGAAUUCUUUGCAGAGGUGAGGGCCUCGGAAGCCUUAAUUCAGUUCAGUUCAGGCACUCAGUCGUGUCCAACUCUGCGACUCCAUGGACUGCAGCACACCAGGCUUCCCUGGCCAUCUCCCACCUGCUGGAGCUUGCCCUAACUCAUGUCCAUUGAGUAGGUAAUGCCAUCCAACCAUCUCAUCCUCUGUCAUCCCCUUCUCCUCCUGCCUUCAAUCUUUCUCAGCAUCAGGGGCUUUUCCAAAGCCUUAGGAGGGGGCAAGUAAUGGAGGAUGUGAUGGCCCGUCAGAUUCCAGAAUCCACACUUGGCUGAUCCUGGGAUUCCUCUAGAGAGGGUCUAGAGCAGUUCCUGACCAGUGGGGGAGAGCCCACUUCUGUCCUGUCCCUAGGUCUUUACUGCUCUAUUCAGACAGGAGCAGAGAAGACCCCUGGCCACCUUGGGCUGAGAUAUACUUCCCCAGGUCGAAUCAGCUCUCCUUAAAAUGUGAAGGUUCUGGUGAGGGGCCUGGGGCCACUACCCUGCAAGAAGCAGCCAGGGUCCCCAAGCCCCAGGUGUGUGCAUAGGGCUGGGGCUGAUCACAGCCACCUGAGCCCACCAGAUGGGGGCUGCUCCCAGUGGGGUGGUGGCAAGCUGGAGUGUGGCAGUCACUGUCCUUGCGCAAGGCCCUUGCCCUCCAGAAAUUCACAGCCUAAGCUGCUUCCACCCCCACAUUUUCAAGCACGCUGGAGUCCAAGAGGGCCACCUUCCUCCCUGGUGCUCUGUCGCCUGACUCCUUCCUGAGAAACUGAGAAAGGACUAGAUAGGAGGGCUUCAGCAUUCUAGGCUCCCCACAACCCAGAAAGCCACCAAAGUGGUAUUUCUGGGGUCCGAUGGUGCUGACCCGGGUGCUCCCCGCCACCUGGCAGGCUCAGCUCGGGACUGGGGAGCAGAGGAUACCAGGCGCGCUGACUUGUUUUCAUCUUGGCCUCGCCGCGGGCAUACAGGGUCACAGUUCCCCCACCAGGGAUCCAAGCGUGUCCCCUCCACUGGGAGCACAGUCUUAAGCACCGAACCACCAGGGAAGUCCUCACUGGGCUUUUGGGAAGAGCCGACCAGAAGGUAGUGUCAGAAGAGCCACAGAGGGGACACAAGGAGCAGGCGCUCGCGUUUCCACGGCGCCCCUCGAUGGUGGAGGGGCGGGGACUGCGGCCCAUCGCCAAGCGCGGGUGCAUCUGAAGGUGCUUCUACCCCGACAGUCCCCCACACAGGCGACCCCCGGCACCUCUGAGCUCCUACGGGCCCUUGGGGCUCGCCUCAACACAACCGUAGGCUUCAGUCACCACUUCCAUCAAGAGGCUGAUCGCCGCCUGCGAGACAAAACGCUGGAAGCGGGCCCACGCUCAGCGACGGCCCCGCCCAUCGCCCCUCGCCUCGUCGCCCCGCCCCUUUGGCCCUUUGGGCGUGGCUAAGUGCCGCUUCCCCCGGAAGUGCGGAACCGAGCCGAAAGUCCCGCCCAGCUGGGAAGGGCCUUCCUCAUACGGCGCGAGAGUCGGUGUUUGUCUCCAGCUCCGCGACUUAGGUGUUCAGUCCCAACUCCUACGAGGUUCUGAGUCCCCACCGCGUCUCCCACAGCCCAGUCUGAGCUGCAGGCUGCUGGAGAAUUCGUUUCCCCUCCCCGGCCCCGCGAAGCCAGUCGGGGUCCUCGCCCCGCUCCCCAGCCUCACCUUCCACACUCUCCCGCCCGCUCCCCGGGGCCCCUCGCCGCCCGCCCAUGGCCCAGAAGCCGAAGGUAGACCCCCACGUCGGUCGGCUGGGGUACCUGCAGGCGCUGGUCACGGAAUUCCAGGAGACGCAGAGCCAAGACGCCAAGGAGCAAGUGUUGGCCAACCUCGCCAACUUCGCCUAUGAUCCCGGUAACUACGAGUAUCUGCGGCAGCUGCAGGUCUUGGAUUUAUUCCUCGAUUCGCUGUCGGAGGAGAAUGAGACCCUGGUGGAGUUUGCUAUUGGCGGCCUCUGCAACCUGUGCGCCGACAGGGCCAACAGGGAACACAUCCUGCAGGCGGGGGGCGUCCCCCUCAUCGUCAACUGCCUGUCCAGCCCCAGCGAGGAGACCGUGCUGUCCGCCGUGACUGCGCUCAUGGGCCUGGGCGCGCCCGGCGCGCGCCGCCACCCCGAGCUGACGGCCCUGCCCGUGGUCCAGUGCAUGCUGCGCUUCUCCCUGUCGGCCAGCGCCCGGCUCCGAAACCUGGCCCAGAUCUUCCUGGAAGACUUCUGCUCCCCCAGCCAGGUGGCCGAGGCCCGCAGCUGGCAAGCGGAUGCCGCCCUGGGGAUCCCCCUGCCGAGGACGGAGGCCCCACAGCAGCCCUGACCCGCUGCCCGCCGGGCGAGACUGAAACCCGGCGGGGCUCAGGGAGAGCCGGCGGCGGCCCGGCGGCGCGCCCUCUCCGCUAACGGCGCGCGCUCGGCCCUUUUCAAAGUGCGUUGUCUCGGCAUGGCAGGUAUUUGCACUGUGAUGAAAGGCCCCAGACGAGUGAGGAAGCCAGGCCUUGAGACGCGUGGAUGGGGAUGUUGAAGAUGCUGCCGUUUUCACGGGCCGCUGCUCUCAACCUCCUUGAGAGGCCCUCGUGCUGGCCCACCCUCGCCUGGUCUCAACCUCGCGGAGGAAGCAGCGUGGUCCCUGGACUCGGAGGCUUGCAGAAGGUGUUUCUCCUGAGGAACAGCUGGGCCUGGAGCUUAGAAUUGCCUGAGCUUGAGGAAGGAAGCAUUCUCCCCUAACAGAGGUGUCUGGAGUCAUUUUGAGACGCAGAAAUGAGAAGCCUUGUUGUUCAAAGUAUAUCGUGGCUCCGGGAAGCUGAGGGCGGUGUUGUGCCCCCGUCUGUGGAGGCUGGGUACCUGCCCCACAAGUCUUCAGGCUGGGCUUUGGGCCUGGCGGAUGCUGCCCCCGAGAACUCUCUGGCCUAACUGUUGACCCGUACAGACCUGUCAGCCAGACACCAUGGUAGGGCACCUCAAAGACCCGAGCGUGCCCCGUGCUGUUGAGUCCAGCCCAGUGAGUGUUACCGUGGCCAUGAGGGUGAUGACACGUCAGAGGACAGGCACGGACUCUUGGAGCGGUGUCCUCUCCCCUCCCCACCCCACGGUCCCUGCUUGGAAGGCCUGGCCCGCCUUCUCUGCCAUCAGGGUUAGUGAGGGGGGGUGCUGUGCCUGGAAGCACGUCUGGGCCUCAGGCGGGCCUCGGGGAUGCAAGUAAGAGGGCUGCUGAAGGGAGAGGGGAUUAGAUGCUGACAUACGGCACAGGGCCCAGAGUCCAGGGUACACCGCUCAGCAUGGGGGAAGGGGUGUGGGCCCCUGUGGAAAGCUGGGGUGCAGGAGCAGGGGAAGGUCCUGGGCCCACUUAAGCUUGACCUCUUACAUGACCAAGGAGAGGCGGCUCGGAGAGGAACGGUGUCCAGGUGGACCUGGAGGUGGGCGGAUUAUGGGACUAAUGGACUAAGGAGCCCAGAGGGAGGGAGGGGAAGGCCUCCUCGUCGGCCUGUAUUCUCACUGCCCUCCGGAGGGUCCUGGCCCUUCCCUUUCCCAAAUAAAAGGCCUUAAGAGAGCA